UUUUCCCAUCACAUUUGGGUUAGUACCAAUAUAAUUCAAGAUGGCAAUCAGGCCUCUGGUCAAGAAGGAGCGUGUCAAGAAGAGGACAAAGAAGUUUAUCCGUCAUCAGUCUGAUCGCUACAUCAAGGUCAAGCAAGCAUGGCGCAAGCCCAAGGGUAUUGACAACAGAGUGAGAAGACGCUUCAAGGGGCAGUUCCUCAUGCCCAACAUUGGUUACGGUUCCAACAAAAACACCAAGCACGUGUGCCCAGAUGGAUUCAAAAAAUUCCUCGUUCACAAUAUUUCAGAGCUUGAGGUGCUUAUGAUGCAAAACAAGACAUUCUCUGCUGAGAUUGCUCAUGGUGUCAGCAGCAAGAAAAGAAAGAACAUUGUAGAGAGAGCUCAGCAGCUUUCUAUUAAAGUGACCAACCCCAAUGCCAGACUACGCUCAGAGGAGAAUGAAUAAACUAUUCUUAUAUAUUAUGUACCACAGAGCGUUGAAAUAAAUUCUGCAGUCUGCCUAAAGA